CUUUGAUGGUGUGCAUCGUUUCCACGGACGUCCGACGAUCAGAGUUCGCGCGGUUUUGUCAUGUGACCACCAGCUCGUUAUCAAAUUGACAUCUCGAAAAGUUUGUGGGUGCAAAAAGUCGACAGCGUCCAUUUUCCACACGGAUUUAACUGUUGCCGUUUAGGUCUUCGCAAAUUUUCGAAACGAGAAAAAGCAAUACCAACUAGCCGAAAGUCUGGAAAUCAGAGCUUAAAUGCGCCGGAUACGUUAGUUGUUCUCGCAUUAAAUUUCGUACGUUUGUGUCGGGGAAAUAAGUCGCCUGGCAAAUGCCGUAAUUUGAAUAUGAAUCACGACACUCUAUUAAGCUCGUUAAGUGAAGUGCAGUGAAUUUAGAAAAAAACAGAGUCGCAGCUUUCAAGAUGAAAAUCGUCGCCCCAGUCGCCAGAAGAACAUCAACCACGUUUAUAGUCUUCACCUCGUGGAUGUUGAUUUUCCUCGAACUUAGUACAGUGUUUUCCGGGGGAGAAGCGGCCCAUACGGCAGUGAAAAGAUUCACCGGCUUAUACACAGGGCCGUACUUCGAUCCGACGACCACUACCAACAUAACAACGCAAUUAGGUACGCACGCUUACUUACCGUGCAAAGUGAAACAGCUGGGAAACAAAUCGGUGUCUUGGAUCAGAAAGAGGGACGCCCACAUCCUCACCGUAGAUAGGUUCACUUUUAUAGCGGACGAUAGAUUUCAAGCGUUUUUGGUGGAAAACACAGAUACCUGGACACUGCAAGUGAAAUACGUCCAAGCCAGAGAUGCCGGCGAAUAUGAAUGCCAAGUCAGCACCGAGCCAAAAAUGAGCCACUUCAUUACUCUAAACGUAGUUGUCCCGAAAAUCGAAAUAUUAGGAGAAUCGGACAUAUUCGUCAAGACCGGUAGUACCGUUCAGCUGAAAUGCGUGAUUACCCAAUCGUUGGAAGAGCCAGCGUAUAUAUUCUGGUACCACGAUGGGAAUAGGGUUCUCAAAUACGAGGAAAACGCCAUCGACAUUAAAAUUGAGAGAGAAGCGACUCAAACCACGGUCAGCACGCUGGUCAUUUACAAUACAAGAUCAGAAGAUUCAGGAAACUACACAUGCAGUCCUUCAAAUUUAGACUCGGCAUCGGUACUUUUGCACGUUUUGAAUGGAGAACAUCCUGCUGCGAUGCAGAGAGGGAAGAAUUCAGCAUCGCCUAUCCCAGCUUGGUCCCAUUUGUCAAUGGGGCUGGGCUUAGCAGCCUGCACCCCACCUAGGUUUGCCAUUGCGGUUGCUCUAAGCCUAGCAGCUUUAAGCGAACUGCUGGCUUGCUAAGAACGUCGUAAAAGAAACGAAUGUUUUUAUAAAAAUUGUAAUUCGUUUUGUUUCCAGAGUGGUCAAAAAGGAAUUGUACGUUUUAUACGAUAAGGUUAGUGGUUUUCUUUGAGUCGCCAAAUGAGUUGAAACGUUUGUUUUUACGUGUAAAUUGUAUAUUUUCCAAUUGAACUAAAUGCCAAUCGAAAUCAACAUUAGAUUCUUGUUAGGAGAUUUGUAAGCGUGCUAUAAAUUGGUCGACGCCAUCUUGAACAUGGUUACGCGUUAUAGUAAGGUUUUAAUUACGUGUAUUUAUUUAUGUAUUUACUAACAGGGUAGUUUUAUAGAAUUGUUUUUAUUAACGAAAAGGCAAUUUAAGAUAUUUGCUGGUACCACACUUUCUUAGCUGGGCUCAAGUAAUUUGUGAUAAAUACGUCAUUUUGAAGAUGACUCGUAAUUAAAUAACGUCACGUGCUACAUUUGGUAGUUCGAUUGUUUUGCAUUAUUUUCCCUAAUAUACGAUUUUGAACAAAUCGAGAUUUUCGCAGGAAGCACGUCCCAAAAACUUUUCUACAUAUCAUUUCAAUAGCCCCUAUCAAGUCCAUAGCCGGAUUUAACGGUAAUUAAUAAGAAACUUAUUGCUCCAAACUAAUAAGUGACAAUAAUCAAUCUCAAACACGACAUACAAGCAAACGUUCAAUAGAAAUAAAUCAAAAUUAUAUAUUUCGGUAAAUAUGCGUUUAUAAACUUAAAGUUUUUAAUCGUAAGACCUAUAGUGCUAGCAAUAGUAGCAAUUUUUUUUGAACACUCUGCAGCAUUAUCAAUUUGUUGACGUUUUUAAACUAGAUUUUAUAUUAUGAAACGUAACUCACACUUAAACGAUGUCGAGUAGUGAUACUUACGAUUUUCGACACCAACAGUGUCAGCUUUCAUAGACUACUUCCAUUGUCAGCAAAAUAUAAUAACUUGAUGUGGUUUAUUUUAUUUCAUAUCGAUAUAUUUUUUUUUGUUUUAAAGUUGCAAAAAAGUGAUUUGCACAUUUUUCAGGCACCUUUUAGGGCAGAAUAGAAGGGCCUUCAAUAUUUUUGUUCGUUUUGUGAUUAUAAAAUAAUAUUAAGGACUAAUUAAAAUAAGAAUUAUUUUUCAGGGCAAGUUUACAUCGUUUCAAAUAGAUUGGAGGAGUUGCAUAUUAAAAAAAAUCACCCUUAUUCACAUCCCAACAAAAAGUACCUGAAAAGUGUGCAUAUGUCUUUAAUGGAACUUGUAAAACUGAAAUCUGGUAUGGAAACAUGCAUAUAUUGAUCAAUGUUUCCUCCAUUGCAGUCAACCGUCACAAAAACUCCACAGAAUCCACAAAUACCUAAUCGUUCCCUUGAGAUAUAAUAUUGUUCAACACACCAUUAUGACAUUUUUCAACAGGUUCUGCCGUGACUAUUUUGAUCUUCUAGCUGUUGCGCCCAUGUUUAAAGUCGCAUUGUCCAGUAGAGCUCAGUUUUUAUUUUUUUACGGGACAAACUUUUGAUAAUAACUUUUAGCUGAUUACUAUCAGUAAAAUUUUAUUUCCAAGUCUGGUUACGUACGAGGAUAAAUUGAAAAUUUUAGGAAAAAAAACAGAAUGUAAGCCCUUGGCUCAACGAUACUAUUCUAACUAUUCAAAAUAUUCUUUGGUGGCAACAACCAAAUCUUUAUUUGAUUCGUACUUCUUUCAAGCAUGACGUUUUUCCAAGGUUGGAAAUAAAGCAUGGCGUUCCAACUGAAACGGCAAUUUUAUUUUUCAUUGUUUAUCCGCGUCGGUUUUCUUGAAUUUUGUUUGAAACCUAAAUUCUUACGGGCUUUUUCCUAACAAGUUCUCAGUGUUUCGACUGCUGCUUCAAUUUUGGUGCACAGGGUGAACAAAUUUAGCUAAUAAAAGCUAUGGAAUAAUUGGUUUCGCUUAAUGUCGAUACCUUUUUUUUGUUUGCAAAAAGGUUUUUGCACAUUUUUCAGGUACAUUUUCAAGUGGAAUGGAAUUGCCUUCAAGGAUAUUGGAUAUCCUUGUUCAUUUUUUGAUUAUAAAAUAAUUUUGAGCACUACUUAAAAUGGAUUAUUUUUCAGUACAUAUUUAUGUUGUUGAAAACAGCAUGGAGAAGAUGCAAAUUAACAUAGCAACAAAAAUAUAAGUUUGUUAAGGCCGUUGAAUUCUAAAAAAAAGUACUUGGAAAGUGUGUAAAUAUCAACACACUUAUCUAUGGAUUCGAUCUAGAACCAAUAUCGUUUAAUUUCCUUAUAACAUUAGUACCUGAUAAGUCAUCUUUGGAGGUAAAUUUAAAUUAAUGAUCGAUGCCGGCAGAUAUUAAAUUAUUUACGCGCUAUAAAGGCAUCCUCAAACUUCGUUCACCUCAACAGCCUUCGGUUUACAAGGCAAAGGUGUGUUCUUUAAUAGCCUAAAACCGGCACUUAAUGUUCGACCGCUUUAUAAUUUGUUUCAAAAUACAGGUAGUAGAGGUAUAUUGAAGCAGGACUUCAAGAUUCGAUAGUACUUUAAAAAAAAUAUGUUUGUUCAUAUUAACAAUACAAUCGACUAUGAAGUUUCUGUGUAUAAAUGUGCUAUAUGUGUGAGUUACGAUCAAAAUCAAAAUGUUACUUAUAUACCGUCGAUCACAAUUAAAUGUUAAAAACAAUUAAACGAAAAAUAUCAACGUACUUGUUUUAAAAUUGUCACACCUGGGGUGCUAACAACUUUGCUAAUAUGUAUGUAUAAAAUAUUAGUGUUAUGUUUGUACAUAAUUUGUGAUUAACAUAUUUUUUAAAAUGAGGACGCUUAUAUCGUGAGCACACAGAAAACUUUUAAGGUGUGAUUAUACUAGAUACAUAUAGUAAUCAAUGUAAAAGGAUUUGUCAUUGAAUAAAAUCUUUCCGAGCUGUAUAAAGUAUUUUGCCGUAAACUGAUUUAAAAAGGAAUUUUGUUUUACGAAUUCCAGGCGAUUGUUACGUUUUUAUUGCUGUUUAUUUAACGAAUAAAAAACGACAUAAUAUUAAUGUAUAAAUCUAGCAUUCAUAUUUCAAGACAAAAAAAAUGUUCUGCGGUUACUGAAAUCUGAAUUAGCCAUAGUAUUUUAUCCUUUCGUGUCCAUUUCAUUGGUGUAUAUUAGAUAGGAGCAGAAUGUAAUCCAUCUUUAUGUUUAAAUAUAUCGUUAAAAUAA